CUGAUGCUCAGAGAUACUCGCAGGGAGAAAUGCAUGUACUGUAUAUGCGUUCUGCUGCAUUCUGAUUAGGCACAGGUAGCUCCAGAGCCAUAUGUGUAUGCUCAGGGGGAGCAUGAGAAGCCUACGUCUGCUGUCCUCCCUGAGGAUCAGCACUCCAACACUUUAAGAAGGAGUCCCAUUUUCUAUAAGUAUAUAUGUCCUGGUACCCCAUUAUCUUGGGUAGCAGCGGACGGCAGCCCUGGAGAAGAGACUACUUCAUAGGGGGGAGGGGAGGAGAAGUGGCACCCCAUUUCUGGAAGAUGAGGGGGGCAGCUGCUGGUCUCAUCCUCGCAAUGCUAAGCCUCCCCCCUCUCUGUCAUUCUCUGCCCCCCACGGAUUACCUGGCCCCUUUGGAUGGAUAAUUAAAGGGUUUUUUUACUUUUGAUCUGGGUCCCCUACUACGCAGCUAUUGGACCCAAUAGAAGGGGAAUUGAAUACGCAUCUCUGACUGGAAACCAGGCAAGAUUGGGGGUGACCAGCCCCCCUUCCAUCACAGACCUGCACCUUCUCCAAGCUAACAUGGGAUGUAACAUGUGUGUGGUUCGGAAACCAGAGGAGCAUUACAAAGUGAUGCUGCAGGUGAACGGAAAGGACCUUUCUCGACUCUCCCAGGAGCAGACAUUUGAGACGUUACGCACCACUAAAGACCCUCUCUUGAUCCAAGUGCUGAGACGGAGCCCCCGCAUGAAAGGAGCGUUGACAGCUUCCUCCCAUGACCUGCAGUUUGUGAACAGUGGAACACAGACAGAUAUCACCUUUGAGCACAUCAUGACAUUGGGCAAACCGAGACCCCCCAGCCCUGCCAUAGUUGUCUUAGAACCGUAUGUACUAUCAGAGCUACCACCCAUUGGGAAUGAGUUCUAUGAGCAAGCGGAGUAUAUGGAUGGAGUGCAGCCUGAGGGAGAGCGUACGGAUGAGCUGGAGUAUGAGGAAGUGGAGCUAUGUAAAUCCAGUCAUCAAGACAAACUUGGGCUCACCGUGUGUUACCGCACAGAUGAUGAGGAAGACUUAGGGAUAUAUGUCGGAGAGGUGAACCCAAACAGCAUUGCAGCAAUAGAUGGGCGCAUAAGGGAAGGAGAUAGAAUUCUUCAGAUUAAUGGCAUGGAUGUACAAAACCGGGAAGAGGCUGUGGCUAUCCUGACACAGGAAGAGAGCACAAAUAUCUCCUUGCUGGUUGCUCGUCCAGAGACUGAGAUGGGCAGGAGAUGGAAAGAUAGUGACAGAGAGGACUUCUUGGAUGGUUUAGUAUCUGAAAAUGAGGAGGAACUGCAAGCACAGAGGCUGAACUCCCCACCUCAGCAACAGGUUGAGAAUGAGGAAGUUGAAGCCAGCCCCAAAUCUCCUCGUCCUUUCCCUCACCCUGCAGUCUUAAGCCGUAGUCAGGAACUGGACAGUGGAGUAGGACGGACAGAUGAGAGCACUCGCAAUGAUGAAAGCUCUGAACAUGACAUUUUGGGAGAUGACCAAACAAGCAGUGCUAAUACACCAGGUAGUCAACGCCGUCUACGCUUCCUGCGUGCAGACUCCCAGCUUCCUCUCCAGUUCCGUGAAUUUCAUCACAGUCUGGACUCCCUGCUUGCAGCAGAUGGAUCGGUACCGUACAAUGAGGUCCUUCCACCAGUGGCAGGGUUAACAGAUGAGGAGUACGAACGGUACAGAGAACUACUUGAAAUCACCUGCCAUCUGGAGAAUGGUAAUGGACCUGCCUUCCUUUAUGCUUCACGACAAGGUGGACUAGAUGUAAAUCGCAACGAGAGUGUCUUAAGGGAGAUGGCAGUGCUGGAGGAGGAAUUGCGGCAUCUGGAGUUUAAGUUCCGCAAUGUUCUACGGGCACAAAAGAUGCAGCAACUGCGGGAACGUUGCAUGAAAGCCUGGCUUCUGGAAGAGGAGGACAGUCUUUAUGAGUUUGUGGGUGGGGGCUGUGCAAACAAUGAAGUUUCCACAAAGCUUCCAGAUAUCACUGAGUUGCCAGAAAGGUCAGACAAAGACAGUACCAGUGCAUACAACACUGGCGAGAGCUGUCGGAGUACUCCACUUAUGAUGGAACCACCAUUGCCAUUGGACAGUCCCUUACGGAGAAUUAAUGAGCCUUCAGGUGCAUUUUGCCAAGCAGUAGAAGGGCUCUCCUCUAAUGCUAACAUGAACAGAGGGCAUUGUAAAAAUGUGCCCCCAUACCCUGGUAGCCCAGAACCAGUGCCAUCCAAAUUUCGCUCUCUGUGCCGUGAGGGGCGCCACCCAACAGAGGAAAGAUUAAGAAGAGCAACAAAACACGGAAAUGAGUUGGAUAGGGGGAGCCGUGAGAGUAGUCCAUACCUCAGCAGACGCCAGCACUCCCAAAGUGGGGAACGUUAUCGAAGCUGCCUCCAGUUGGCCCAACAAAGAAGUCUUGAUGAACUUGAAGUAGUCCCCACCUGUGGUAAGGCCAUGGGGGCUACACAGGGAAAUCACUCCCAACCAGAGCCAAGAAUGGAAUGGAAGGUAAAAGUGAGGAGUGACGGCACACGCUAUGUGACUAAACGUCCUGUUAGAGACCGCCUCCUAAAAGCAAGAGCCAUGAAAAUCAAAGAGGAGCGUAGUGGGAUGACCACGGAUGAUGAUGCUGUGAGUGAGAUGAAAAUGGGACGUUACUGGAGCAAGGAGGAUAGAAAGCGGCAUCUGAUGCGCGCUCGGGAGCAAAGGAAGAGAAGAGAAUUCAUGAUGCAGAGCCGGUUAGACUGCUUACGGGAGCAGCAACAGCAGCAAGGUGCAGAGGGAAAAGGCGAAAUGAGCAUCAUCGCCCUUAGCCACCGGAAGACUAUGAAAAAGCGCAACAAGAAGAUCUUGGAUAACUGGAUCACCAUCCAGGAGAUGUUGGCCCAUGGCACACGAUCAGCUGAUGGAAAGCGGGUCUACAAUCCCCUGCUUUCCGUUACCACGGUCUGAGCGGCAGCUGGCAUGCCUAUCAAUCUCUUUGCCAAAUCAAAAAUUCUCUCAUUUCUGUCUUUGUGCCACACUGUUUCUAUCCAUCCCUUCUUUUCACCAAUUACAAUAUUUUUGUUUCUUUCCUCAAUCUUUCGGAAUAUCUGAGAGGUAUUUAAAACACAGGGUUAACUUCUAAACCAGAUCUAGCCUGUAGAUUUCACAGCUCCAAAAAAAAAAAAAAAAAACUAUUUGAGAAGUUCUGGAUUUUGGCCGGAGCAGUUGCUGAACAAGACGAAUGUCACAAUCUAUCGUCAAACUGCUCCUAGGUGGAAUAAAAAAACAGAGCACAAGUUUGUAUCCUAUGACUACGGUACUUGGAAAUGUUUUUGGCCUUGCAGAUGGAUGGAAAUGGAAUAGCCUUUGCCGAUAUUACUUCCAUGGUGUUUCUCUCUAAAGGUGUGGCCCUUUCAUAGGGCUUUGUUGAGAAAUGCGACCGACGCAAUUCAUAAAAUACAAAAACAAACGAAACACUGCCAUCUGGUGGUUAACGAGCACAUGGACAGCUAUAAAAACCAGCACAAAAGGACAGUAAUAUAGCACAGAGCCAUGGAGAGGUGGUUGUGAGAUUUGGAUCAAGAAUCUGCCUUUUAUCUUAUGGACAUAACUGCACAUUACAAGGAAGGUUUUGUGCAAGAUUACGUCUUAGAAAAUGUAAUCUGUCUGUUGUUUCCGACGUGAUUGUGACCUCUGUUUGAUCUUAUUUAUUGUCAUGUUUUCACUAUUCUGUUUGACUUUGAAUGUGUGAGCCUGAGAAGAAGGAAAGAGGUUUUUUUGGUACAGUACGUGCAAGAGGAACUUUUGCAGGGAGUAGAGCAAAGAUUUUCUUAGUCCAUUUUAGUUGUUCUUUUAAUACCAGGAGUAUCCUAGAAAUCUCUUGCAGCGUAAGAAACAUUACAAAUGUUUUUCAUUUCACCACAUUCAGCGUAUGUUCCCUAGGUAGUGGUACUGAACACCACAUGAAAGCUCAAGGGACUUGUCCCAUUCUGGCCGAAAAGCUUUAAAGUACUAUUGAUUCAAGAAGACCUUGGUGCACGUUGCCAUAAAGAGAGAGAAAUGCAUUAAAAAACCUUUUAUAUGACCAAAUCAGUGUUUGUCAACAGCUUACAAUGGGUUCUAAGCCCAAGUGCACCAGGUCUACAUCCUUAAACAGUGACAGAUAAAAAAAUGCACAAUACAUACAAAACUAGCACAAUAGUAACUAAAUAUAAGUCCCAGCAAUGUGAAAGAGAGGCAGCCUAUGAAGGGGCGUAGACAGGCUUUAGGACAGAGUACGUAACAGAGCAUGGCUCCUGCCAGGAUUACGUUACUACUGACAACCCCUACUUCAAGUCAGGGCAGGGCCAGGUUAAGGGUCACAUGGGCCUGGAUCUGAAAAUGUUCAAGGGCCUAUACUGAGAAGAGAAGGAGGCGUGACCAGUGCUGUGUAGGUGUGGCCAGUGCCAUGUGGGCGUGUACAACCCCUGCACCAUACUUGCCUACUCUCCCGGAAUGGCCGGGAGGCUCCCGAAAAUCGGGUGACCCUCCCGGCCCCCCGGAAGAGCAGGCAAGUCUCCCGAUUUGCGGGGUCCCCCCUGCCCGUCCGCCCACUUAGUGUGUAAAGUGGGCGGUCCGGGCAGUCGAUGACGCGAUUCUUGCUGAAUCGCGUCAUCAUAGUCACGCCCCUGCAGUGUAAUGCCGGUGAUCGCGGCAUUACAGAGCGGGGGCGUGGCUUAAAGGAGGUGUCACUGUGACCCCGCCCUUGCUCCGCCUCCGGCCACCCCCUCCUUUACAGCACAGCCUCCCCUGCCCGCCCACUGAGCCGACCUGGCUGCUCUCUCCCGCAGAGAGCAGCCAGAAUAUCGGUAAGUAUGCCCUGCACCAUCAGUCCCACUGUCUCCCUAAGUAUCUAACAAUAGAAAAAUUGCAUAAUUGGUGAAAAAACUAAAAAAAUAUAUGAUUUAUGGACAACUGUGAGGCCAGCUGGUCAUCGUAAUACUGCCAUGAUGAUGGGCCUAUUUUUAUGUGGAGGCCAAGGGCUGACCAUCAGCCAUCACAAGGGGAAUGAAGGUGAGUGGGACUGGCUAUGCCCACCUAAUCACUUUGCUGCCCCCCACCCCACGCUCCUUGGAGCAUGCACAGUGAAGCCUGUUUCAGAUUUCAGGUCAACUGAGAGCUUUACUGGGUAUGUGGUGGAGCUACAUAUUCAGAAGAGUUAGGGCCUAAGGAGGAGAUAGAAAUGUAUAGCUAAACUGAGCAACGACUUCAUAUUGAGCCCUUGCAUGUAGCUUUGGACACAGUUACCUUGUGGAAAGACUAAUGGCCUGAUUUUGAGGUGGAAUGUAUGCAAAAAAUAAACAAAAAAAACCCUGUAACUGUGCACCUGGGCAAGACCAUCCUGCACUGCAGGUGGGGCAGAUGUAACGUGUGCAAAGAGCGUUAGAUCUGAGAGGGGUGUUCCCAAACUGAAAUAUCAAUUGCAGUGUAGCAAUAAAGCUGUCCAGCAUGUGUGGGUUACAUGAUAAAGCUGCCCGUAUUUACCCUGCAUGCAACAACACCAAAACAAGGCAUUUGAUCCCCUUGCAGUGCAACUUUGUCCAGGUGCAAAGUUACUGGCUCUUUUUUGCUUUACUCCCACCUCAGAUGCUUGGUAAUCUUGGAAUAAUAAAUACUAGUUCUGUCUGUGUCCACUCAUAUCACUGGAGAUUUUUAAUUGCCCGCACUGACCUAAAAAACAUAAACUUUAAGGGUUAAAGGGCGGGAUGUACCAACAUGGUACAUCCCGCCACUUACCGCACCAAUACUUAUCGCAUAUCCACUAAUAUGCAAUUAGUAUCGCAAAGGGCAGCUCUCCCGAUAAGAGCUGCCCUUUACAAUGGCUGCCGGACCCUGGACUUCCAAGUUUAUGACCCAGGAGUCAUCUACGCAUGCGCAGAAGGAUGCGGCCGCCGCGAGGGAUGCUGGGAAGGAGCCAAUCGGAUCCCUCUGACAGCACCGAUGCAGAAAGAAGACCAUAGGCUUCUAUAGAGGAAAAGGCAGCUUUUGCUGGCGUUAUCCGCCACACUGAAGCUCCAGCAUUCGAGACUUAUUACAUAGGGGAAAUGCGGUAAAACCCUGAAAAAGAACCCCCAAAAAACCAGAAACUUUUUUUUUUUGCUUAAUUGUAGAAAGUGUAUACAAAACAAAGUGUUGAGCAAUCCCUCUGCAGGUGACAAGCAAGCUCGGGUGACUAUACCUGCCACCUCUUUCCUGCUCGCUUACUAUCCAAUACCUCCCAGUGGUGUCUCUUGGACCUAUGUCACACAGCUAAGCAGGACAGAAAAGAUACAGGGAUUAUAGGGAAGGCAUUACAAUUAGUGCAACCCUUCUUGAAUGGUCAGCUCUGCUGGCUGUAUAACUACUGUAGCACCAUCACAGAAGUAGAAAACAUCCUAUAACAAGGAUAUUUCUAUACAUUCAUCCCUUAAUGCUUAUAUUAGACACCUACAAAGGGAACCAAUAAAAUAUAUGAUGUUUCAUCAAUAAAGCAAGUUGCAGUAUUAAGAACUCACAAUAGAACGGAACAAAAUACAAUGGUUUGUAAAUUAAUUUGGGGCAAAGCUUGUUUUUCUGUAGUGUUUUAUUUAUUAAGUACAUAGAAUUAUUUGCAUAUUAUUAUAAAUUAUUAACACCACUCUUAGCUGAAAUAAUCAGUUUUUUGUGCUCAUUUUCUUAAUUUGAAUUGUAUUUUUAUCAGUUUUCUUGCAGUUCUCGCCCCUCCUAGAAGUCUGAGCUGCACUGAGUAAUCAGAUAGUGAACCACCCACAUCUCUCUUUUUAAUACCUGGGCCGGCAUGUCAUGUGAUGAAGUCCGGGUUCGGCGGCCGGUCGGGCGGUUUAUUUAAAGGGGCAAUCGUGUACAAGGCUAAACCAUGCCUUCUAAAUUAUUUCUCCUUUAAAUACAGUACAAGUUCGGCCGUCAUCCCACAGGGCCAACGAACUCGGACUUUGUUACAUCCCGCCCCUUGUUUUAUCAGGACAAACAACACUCUUUCUAUAAAUAGUUUGCCCAUUCAGAUAUUGUUUUAUGUGUCUGUCCGCAUUUGCCCUACCGUUUUGGUGAAACAGAUAUGGUUUCGCCAUGAGUUUAUAAACUUACUUGAAACACUAGAUGUACUGCUGACCCAUCAGAGUGAACUAUAAAGCUAGUGUCACUGAUGUUUAGUUGUUAUUUUUUAGUUGUUUUUUUUUUCAUCAAUAGUUUUUAUUGAAUUUUUGUGUUGCAAAACAGGGGUACAUAAGGAAGAUAUUUUUUAGUUUUUAAUUAAUCCCCUCAUUUAAAACCAUGGAAGAUAAAAACAUACUUUGUCCCAAUUAAUUGACACGCUACUGUAGAUUUAUGUAGUACCCAUAAACCCACAAAACAGGCUUAUUUGAUGAAGCAUUUUAAAAUAUCACUCUAGCCAUACUGUACAUUAUACUGAAAUCCACGUACAAAUGGACCAGUAGAUCAUGUGGCACCUUUAGUGGCCUGUCUGAUCUAGCGUGGGUGUCUGGCAGCACAGUAGGUACAGGAGCAGGUAUAUUUAAAAAAAAAAAAAAUGUUGAUAAAUUCACUGCUAUAAUAGAUUGUAUACUUCUAAUAUGUACUUGGUACUAUGAGUUUCCCUAGAUACUAAAAUAAAACCAUAUUUGCAAAAUCAGCCAGAAAGAUAAACUAAAGAAAACAUAUAAAGGGUAACAAAAAAUAGCAGAUUUAUCAGGAACCUUCUCUCCCACAGGUGUCCUUCAUGUUCCACCUCCAUACUUCAGUGCUGUGGUGGCUUCAUGGUCCACCUCCAUACAUCAGUGCUGUGGUGGCUUCAUGUUUCACCUCCAUAAUUCAGUGCUGUGGUGGCUUCACGGUCCACCUCCAUACUUCAGUGCUGUGGUGGCUUCACGGUCCACCUCCAUACUUCAGUGCUGUGGUGGCUUCAUGUUCCACCUCCAUACAUCAGUGCUGUGGUGGCUUCAUGUUCCACCUCCAUACUUCAGUGCUGUGGUGGCUUCACGGUCCACCUUCAUACUUCACUGCUGUGGUGGCUUCAUGGUCCACCUCCAUACUUCAGUGCUGUGGUGGCUUUACAGUCCACCUCCAUACUUCAGUGCUGUGGUGGCUUCACGGUCCACCUCCAUACUUCAGUGCUGUGGUGGCUUCACGGUCCACCUCCAUACUUCAGUGCUGUGGUGGCUUCAUGGUCCACCUCCAUACUUCAGUGCUGUGGUGCCUUCAUGGUCCACCUCUCAGACUCAGUGAGUAGAUGGUGACUGAAAGACUAGUGUUUGAUUUCUCUUGUGGGUCAUAUGUUCGGCAUUCUUUAAAUCACCAUUGUUACUGUGUCUCCUUCUCUGCUACUGGCUCGAGAACCUUAAUAAACUGUUACCUUUCUAAUAGUAUGGAAA